AUGUUCGUUCGGAGCGCAUGGCUUGCCAUUGUGUUGACAACGACUUUGGUCGUGAGUCCGAUGGCGUGGAGUUUGCCGCCGCACCAACUUCGACGGCUGUGUGAUCAAGAAAUCUACCAGCGCCUGCUCACUGAACAAGCAGCGAUGGCAGACAACAAAACGGUCUGCGAAGAACAGCUCCGCGACAGCUUCUUGUCCGAGUACAUGAUGAAGCUGCCGGCUUUUGGAGGCUUCCGAACUCGUGUCAACGCCAACCUCUUCGAUCUGUACCCGGCCAUCGCGAACUCGAAAUGUGAUCUCGGGACGCUCGCGUCACUGGUGAGUGGCGACUCAAACGACUCGGCUGCAUUCAUGGGAGUGAUGGGCGCGCUGUUGGGCGGUGUGACUGGCGCGAACAACACGGCGGAUCUACCGACAGCACUGUCCUCGUGGAGCACCAACAGCAGUACACUGCAGGGCUUCUGUAACAUCAUGAACGACCAAGCCGGACCGUGCAUUGAGGCGCUAGUUCCGGCGCUUGUUUCGCUUUUGGAGAGCGAUGCAAUGUGUUGCCAUGAAUUGAACGGGUACCUGGAAGUCCUGAAGCUGCUCGUCCCAACGGGCCAAACGCUGGAGCAAACAAUCUUCGGCCUCGUCAAUGGUCUUCACAAAACCAUGUGCACCACCACCAACUCGAACGGAGAGUUGUGUUCAGCCUCUAUGAGCUCGUACCUGUCCGAUGUCGUUACCGUCAACGAUUCACUACUCGGGACCAUCAUUUUCAAGGCGGGUGUGCCGCUCUACGCUGCUGCUGAGAGCGAUAUCUGUUCGUCGCUGGAGACCCCCAGUCUGGCCAGUGGUCUGGCCAACAGUGCGAGCAUUCCUUAUUACGCGGCUUCGUGCUGCGCUUCGAGCCUGUCGUCGCUUCUGCAAAGCUUGGACUCCGUGGUGACGCACUUGUCGGGCAAUUCCAUGACCGUGCUCUUCGACCUCAUUACGGGCCGUCAAAAAGCCGCGUCGCGAUUCUCGACAGUCUACCCCGCCAUUCAGGAGUGCAGCUUUUGUAGCGUGUGCACCAAGCCAAACUUCACGCUGUCGGCCUCCAACAGGUCGAAUGCUGCGUUGCCAUUCAGUAAGGAAGCUGUUGAGAGCAAGACGCGCUCCCCGAAGCUCCUUGACCCGCGUGUGCGACAGCGACGGCGUCUGCAGCGAGGCCCGCGGCUACGGAACCGCGACCAACUCUUCAAUGCGGUGCUUAACGCCUCCAACGCCGACUCGAACAUGCGCACCAGCAACCAGUUCUUGAGUCUGACGGACCAGCUGAACCUGGGAGCGAGGUUCCUGGAAUUGGACGCACACUACUUCGCUUCGUCGCUGCGUGAAGGCCACUGCUCCAAGGUGGCGGUCUUGUUCGUCAAGAACCUGUCCGCCAGCAUGGUGGCUUCGUUGAAAUCCGCUCUGGAUGCCAGUGGAGAAGACAGCACUGUCGAGUGGGAGUCGUCCCUUGUUGGUUGUCUGCCUUCGCUAAGCGGUAUCCGUGCGGAGGAGCAGCGUCUGCACAACGAGUCGCUCGUCGAGGUGGCCUCGUGGCUGGCAAGGAACCCCGACGACCUGGUCGUCAUCUACGUGGAAAUCGGAGAUGAAGUGAAAACCUUUUCGAAGAUGAACGCACUCGUGACGCUCUACGCGGAAACAUUCGGGGAUCUUGUCUUCACUCCGUCAGAUCUUGAGAUCGCCGGUGGCGACUGGAACGGAUUCAAGCUAAGGGACCUCAUCGCUCAGGGCAAGCGCCUCAUCCUGGUGACUGAGCCUGAGGCGAACGACCAAAUGUUCUUCAUGCGCGAGAGCGAGUUGCACUACGCCACUCUCAACGCUGGCGGUUUGUCCGGCGGCACCAAGAACGUAGACACAGCCACGGAAUCGGGCAACGUGAACGCUUCGAGUCUCCCGGUUUUCGUCGACGCCGGAGUGAACAUCUUGGCCCCUGACGGACUGGACGGUGCGACGAUGGCCGCGAUGGUCUGGACGUGGGCGGAGAAUGAGCCCAUUGUUGGUGCGACGGCCGUGGCGCUGUCGGGUGUUGAUGGUCGCUGGCACGGCGUGGUCGACUCGACCGCCAUCUCUCACGUGGCCUGCGUGAGCAGCAGUAACCGAAUGGACUGGAAGGUGGUUGACCAGGGCUCGUCUUGCCCCAGCGGAUACGUUAUCGGUGCCCCUCGACUUGCGGUGGAAAACGUGGCGCUACUGACAGUGCUGCGGGCGGAGGGAGGCAAUGCGGCGGCUCAGUUGGACGUGGAUCUCGCCAGCUUCUCGGCUGGAAUAGCAGCCCAAUCAUCGCCGUUAGCGUUAGCGUGA